AUGGCAGUCUUAGCCGCUUCUCGGAAACGUAGGUUCACAGAGGCUGCAAAUACGGCUCACCCUGACUCUGACUGCACCGUCGUUUCUUCGGUUCGGAAGAAGCACGCAGAAAGCGCAGCUACAGGUACCGCUCUCAUUAAGGAUUCCCAUGGACCCUUGUACGAGAUCCAACACAACAAACGAAGGCGCAUUGUCGAGUGUGUGUUGUUACCGAAGAAAGGGGUGCUAGAUGUACUGCAAACGGCGAGUUGCACACCACCAGAAACACAGCGAUCCAUCAAAAAGGUCCAAGCUUCGAAGUCCGCCUCUGGCAUCGCAAAGUACUUUCAGACUUCAGCAAUCCAACACUCGAACGCCUCAGCUGUAAAUGCGAGGGCAAGAAACACAUCGCCCACGGAUCAACAUGCGGGUGUGGUGAGUCCGCAAGCAGCGCCUGAACCGUAUGUACAACAUCCUGUAACAGCAUUAAGGCCUAGGAGGAGUACUGGUGCUGUGAGCCAACGAGCUUAUCACGAGGAUUCCGAGGACGAUGGAUUGCAGCUUGAGAGUCUCCCACAGAAGAAGGGCCGUAUCCGGCGAAGGAAGGUCAUCCAUGAUGAUGAAGAAUACAAUUUCAUUGACGAUCAACCUACCGGCGACGAGCAUUGUGUGUCAGAGACUACUCACGAUGGAACUGCUGAGUCAAGCGAUGUCUCUGCAUCGGAAUCUGCCGAGCCAGUAAAGCCAGCAACUGCGAAGGCAGUCAAGAAUGCAUUCACCCGGCUGACCGGCAAGAUAUCAAAAAGAAAAGGCAUCGGCACGUCUGGCACACCUAAGAAGCUUUUGUCACGUCCCAAAGAUAUUCCGAAGGGUCUGGUGAGCAACCUGCCGCCGCUCAACUCAGUUCGUGACAUCUUCCGCGAUAUAACCACAAAAGCAUUGUCACUAGGGUUUGCUAAAGCCGUUAAGCACCUGAAUGGUCGGUGCCUCAGAGUUGCUACGAUGUGCUCCGGGACCGAGAGUCCUCUUCUCGCACUCAGCAUGGUCGACCAAUCAUUAGCAGAGAAGAUGGGCCAAGGUCGCAUUAAUGUUGAGCAUGUAUUCUCUGCCGAGAUCGUGCCGUACAAGCAAGCUUACAUCGAGCGCAACUUCGCACCGCCGGUUAUCUUUCGUGACAUUACAGAGUUCCCUAAAGCAUUCGAAAGCGAAAAGCCAACAGCGACAACAGCCUACGGUUCGCGCGUCCCAAUACCUACUGGCAUUGAUAUUCUGAUCUUGGGCACAUCCUGCGUCGAUUACAGUGGCCUCAACAACAAGCAGAAAGACAUCGAUGACGGCGGCGAAUCCGGCAGAACCUGGUACGGCGCGCUUGCCUACUGUAAGGCGUGUCGACCUUCGAUCAUUAUCUUCGAAAAUGUCGUAAGCGCGAAGUGGGAUCGCAUGCUGUCACACUACACAGACCUCAACUAUGAAUGUGCCUGCGUGAUCGUGGACACUAAAGACUACUACAUCCCACAGACACGCCAACGAGGCUACAUGGUAUGCUUCGACAAGCUCAGAGCCGGUACUAACGUCAAGACGAUGGGUGUGCAGUGGCAAGGUCUCAUGGAGCAGUUCAAGCGAUAUGCGAGCAGCCCUGUGUCUUCCUUUCUGCUACCCAAUGAUCGCGUCACCCCUCAGCAGACCAGCCGCGGUGAUGACCAGCAAGGCAGUAAAGAUGUGGCGUGGGAAUUAUGCGAAAUCCGGCAGAUAGGUUACCGAGCAGCACAGAGGCUUGGCACUGCACGACCGUUCACUCUGUGGCAAGAGAGUGGUGCAAUGCUGCCUCUUGAGGGAGGCGACAGAGCUUGGUUUAAUCGUCUCGUCGAGCGCGAAAAAGACACGAUUGAUGCGGCUUAUCUGCGCGCCAGCCUUCCAUCGGGGAGUCUUACAGAUGGCCGGUAUAAGACUAAGAUAUGGGACAUCUCUCAGAACAUCGAACGAAUAUCGAACUCUAUCCCGAACGGCAUUACUGGCUGUCUUACUCCGUCUGGCAAACCAUACAUUUCAGAUGCCAAAAGGAUUCUCGCACCAGGAGAAGCUCUGCAGCUUCAAGGCCUACCCUUGGACCAGAUAUCCUUCACGACCGAAACACAAGGCGAAGUACGAGACUUGGCGGGCAACGCAAUGACUACAAGUGUUGUCGGACCGGCUAUACUCGCGGCUCUAAUAUCAGGGUAUAGCGUACUUCCGCCAGCUAAAGAACAGCGCUCCGCGGACCAAACCUUGAGCGAACCUACGAGCGGACUGUCUACGUCUCGAGAUAUGUUAUGGUCCACUGAGACUUGCGGUGAAGGCACAGAGAUGGAUCUUCAACGCUUGCUUGGCGAGGCGCGUGCUUCUAUGCGACUCUGUCAUUGCGAGGGAAGCCUUGGCCGCACUUCCAAGGCGCUCCAGAGGUGCAUUGACUGCGGACAUACCGCCUGCGUUACUUGUGGUGGCAACCCUGCCCAUGCGUACCAACGGGAGUCGCAAACCUGCCGCAGCAACCCAUUGGGAUUCAUCGAAAUGCUUCUGGGACAGAUUCCACUCCGCGUCUCCUUCGGCGAGGUGAGCAUAACCGACGUGUGGCCACGAGCGGAGACAAAACAGGUACAGUCAUAUGUGGAAGCCGCUCAGAAGGCACUCUGUUCGACCUUCACCUAUCACUCGGUCCGCAGGACUCAAAGCUGGACUGUGCAAUUCAUAAGCGAAGAUGCUCGUUUGGAAUUGGUUGUCGAGCCACUUCUGGCCGAGUGGCGCUUGUAUGCUUUGCCAGCAAAAGAGCUGCCUGCCAAUAGCUGGCUCCGACAUACACUGCUGCCACCAAUUGCUAAAGCGAGUGUCUCUGGUAGCUUCUACGGCGACGGGUGGUCUGUCCGUAUGCCCACCAACGAGUUCCUGCCGUUGCAGGUAAAGCCUGCAGGGCGACCUACCCCGACUUGGUGGGCACGGAACGAGAUGCCACAGUUCCACAGCCACACACAACCGGAUAUGCUGGAAAUCUCCUUGGUGGACACGGUUGCAGAGCCUGCGAUUUCAGUGAGCGCUAUGCUCAGCGGGACGUAUCGCCUGUUCCCAAAAUGCGGUACUGCAUGCUGCAGCCUAUACCGCAAGCUUGAUAAAGACGAAACAAAGUUGCCGUUGUAUCUGUUCUUGGACUGUACAAGAACAGGUAGCUCGGAUGAGGAUUGCUUCGUAUUUGCCCACUCUUGUGCUGAUAUCGAGUACGAUGAGCUCCGACAGCUCAUUGCCCGUAUCGUGGCGCCAUGGAGGCCGUGGAAGGACAUUGGAACAGAUGGGGAGCAGAGUAUGCACGCCGAAGCCCGCAUUGCCCUUGACAGCAAGUGGGUAACUUCAGAAGGACUUCGUCUCAUGCCUGCGGAUACCAGCCUACGCCUAGGAUUGUCGGAGAUGGAGAUGGAGAUCGAAGGGAGCUCAGCUUGCGACAGUGCUCAGCACCUUGUUACCUGUGAAGGGACGAGCGUAGCAGCAGGACACAGCGGUCAUACGAACUUGUCCUUCGAUAUCGAAUCUAUCUCGAGCCGAAUCUGGAUUUUGGAAGCUAUGCGUCGAAAGCUAGACUACGGUGAAUGGCGAACCUUCGCUCUUGAAGCAAGCUCAAGCUGUCUCAGAUGUGCACCCGAAAGGCCUCAGCUCAAGUGGAAGCUGUCAGACAAACAAAACAAAUCAGACAAACAGGAACUCGACCCGUACGAAGAUCCAGGCAGCGCUGCGGCUUAUGAGCGAGCCAUUAAAUCGAGACCGGAGCCUCUUGUCGUUCAGACACCACACGACUCGGCCGGCAUUACUUUUGGUGUAAACAUCGUGUCUCUAGCGCACAGAGUACUCGCUCGUCUGCCGACUAGUCUAAAGGAUGCGGUAUUUUCGUGGCGACUGACUACUGAUCAUGCCAACAAGUCUACCACUUUCCCGCACUUUAAAUUACGGCCAACCUCGGGCGAGACCUACGACGGUACGGUACUGAAGAAAUCAACCUUGUUUCCGACGCAGCGACUUCAACUUGCAUGGAUGAUAGCACAAGAAGCCGGCGUAGACUUCGUUAUCGAGGAGUCACAAGAGGCGACCCUGCCAGUGGUUGGAUGGCGAACUGAAGUCCGAGCAAACGUCUCAAUCACUGUGAGAGGAGGCUUUUGCUGCGAUCAUCCAGGUUUUGGCAAAACAAUCACCAGCCUUGCAUUAAUCAGCGCACAGCGAACGGACCCUCUGUAUAUGCACGCCGAGCUCAGCGCGCGCCGACCGAGUCAAGCUCAAGGGCUGUACACCUCGAUCGCAACAGUCAUAGUCUGCCCAUCGCACCUAAUAGCACAAUGGAAUAGGGAGAUCGCCGAAUUCUUCCCCGCUAGGUCGAAGAUUAUUGUCGUUAAGCAGACGUCUGAUCUGAGCAAGUAUACAAUCAGCGACUUUGAGAGCUCGGACAUUAUAGUAGUCAGCCGCACAAUCCUCGAUUCAGAGUCAUAUAUCAACCGUUUAGCUGCUUUUGCCGGCCUCCCUGGGCCCGCUGUCGCAGCAGGGACAGGUCGUGGGUUUGCAAGAUGGCUUGACUAUGCUCAUUCGCAAAUUCCUGAGCACCUCGCUAUAUUGAGGUCCCGACCGUCGAAGUGUACUUUGGAAGGACAUAUCGUUGCGAAGUAUAAGAGACUACUGAGCGAUGACGGCUUCAAGGCAACUAUACCGUCUCAGCGCUUCCGAGGGAAGGAUGUUGCUAAAACGAGGAAAGCGAGGUCAAAGACGACGGCAGGGUCUCUCUGGACAGAGGCUGUGACACCAGACAUGACUCACAUCGGUCGACCCUUGCUCCAGAUGUUCUACUUCGACAGGAUUAUCAUUGACGAGUUCCACCUGUUGGAGCCGAAGGAACGCGCGGCUGUUACUGCCCUGCACGCCGACAAGCGGUGGGGCUUGUCAGGUACUCCGCCAAUUGAUGACUUCUACGACAUCGCGGAGCUCGCAGGUUUGAUGGGCGUCCCGCUUCGCUAUGGCAGCGAUGCGAGAGGCGUCAUGAAAGUGAGCAAUAUCAGACGACUGCGCAGAGAGAUGACAGACUUUGAGAAGUUUGACGCGAUGCGUGAAACACCCUCAAACGAGGUAUAUACUCGUAUCCACGAAAUCGAUCAGCGCUUCUUGGACACCUUCGUUCGGCAGAACCUUAUGGAUUUCGGCGACGGCAUGCGUAUCAUGGAGAUACUGACGCCAGUGUCCUUGAGUCUCGAACACAAGGUACUGUAUACCGAGCUUUCACAACAUCUUAACUCUCUUGAGAUGCGGAUUAAGACAGGCAGGAAGUCACAGGACACCCACCGAGGUGAGCGCUUGCACCGCGCCUUGAGUACAUCGGACAGCUCAGAAGAUGCAUUAGCUAAGACGGCAGCUUACUUUCCUACAAACGAUUAUACCAACCAGAAUGGUUUUGGCCUGGAGGCUUUUGUUGCUAUUCGCAUUGAAGAGUUACAACUCCUUCGGCAGGAGUUGGCGCAGGCUAUAUGCGAAGCUCGAAGCAAGGAGAAAGAUGCUUUCGACGUUUGGACGAGGACAUGGCUUGACUACAAGCAUCUCGCGGAUGAUGAGACCAUCGCGACAAUCAAGAGUCUUCUUGCAGCUGGGCCAGGAGCUGUAAGCGUUCGUAAACCGGCAGCCAAAGCUAAGAAGCUUGCUGAGUCCGAGGAAGAUGAUGCCGAAAUGGGUUCGAAGACCUCGAUCUCCGCACCGAGAAACUCCCUUACUAGUAAGGUCAACGAGUUGAGCAAGCGCAUGGCCGUCUCCACUCGCUCUUUACGCUACCUUCAGAAUGUGGCUAAGGUGCGGGAUGCGGCCACCGCGCAGUGCGACAGACUCAGCAAGCUCUGUCAAGGCAAUGCAUGUACGGGAGAAGGGAACGCUAAAGAUACUGCAGUCUCCGCUCUAUGUGGCCACAUUAUCUGCUAUGAUUGCUUCCAGACCCUUGGUGAGCAGCACAGCACCCAAUGCCCAGCUGCAGGUUGUGGGUGCUCGAUGCAGCCGCAUCAUCUUCUCUGGAGGCAAAAGAUGGGUGAUCCGGACACUACUAAUAGCAUGCCACAUGGUGCGAAGCUGGCUGCCGUUGUUGACAUCCUGAAGAAUGUCAGAGCGCAAAACGACAAGGCAAUCCUAUUCGUGCAAUAUGAGGAGCAGGUUGCUGAAGCACAGCGGGCCUUUGAGGCUGUGAAUAUCAGAGCAACUCCGAUCACGACCGCAAACAAGGCGGCAGACACAAUCGAGGCUUUCACGAAGAACGAGAACACCGUCAUCAUCUUGAACGCUUCAGACGACACUGCAGCCGGUCUCAAUCUGCAAUGUGCCAAUCACGUCAUCUUCCUUUCGCCGCUGCUGCGAGAUACGCAGUACGGCUACGACUCCACUAUGGCCCAAGCUAUUGGUCGCGUACGACGUCACGGCCAGCAAAAGACGAUCUAUGUGUACCGGGUUGUCGCCAUCAAUACAAUUGAUGUCGAUAUCCUUCAACACCGCGAGAGGCGCAGAAUAGCGCUAGUGGAGCAAGGUGCUCCACCUAUAGAGCCGCUUGAGACAACGGGCGAUGAAGUGACGGCUGAACGGACGAAGUUGGUGAGGAUCAAUGGACGGUUCAGCUUGCAGCCACGGUCAUGGGUCAUGCGAUAUAACGGUGUCGAGGAUCUUGAGGACUUCAGCAGUCUGGUCAAAUUCUCCCGAGCCUACACAGAUGAUGACGACUGA